UUGGGGCCAAACCGGCUUAAAUGAUCUCAUUCCUCUCCUUUUCCGUGGCCGAGCAAGAGAGUGGUGGUGAAGGGCAGCUUCACGAUCGAGAUCUACUCAUUUAUCCUCUCUGAUCGGCCGAUCUUCGAUUCACAGAGAUGGGGCUGUCUUUCACUAAACUCUUUAGUCGCCUCUUUGCAAAGAAAGAAAUGCGUAUUCUUAUGGUUGGUCUCGAUGCCGCUGGUAAAACCACAAUUCUGUACAAGCUCAAGUUGGGUGAAAUUGUUACCACUAUCCCAACCAUUGGCUUCAAUGUGGAGACUGUUGAAUACAAAAACAUCAGCUUUACUGUGUGGGAUGUUGGCGGUCAGGACAAGAUUAGACCUCUAUGGAGGCAUUAUUUCCAAAACACACAGGGUCUCAUCUUUGUGGUUGACAGCAAUGACAGAGACCGAGUAAUUGAAGCAAGGGAUGAGCUUCACAGGAUGUUAAAUGAGGAUGAAUUAAGAGAAGCUGUGCUACUUGUUUUUGCAAACAAACAAGAUCUUCCAAAUGCAAUGAAUGCAGCUGAAAUCACAGAUAAGCUUGGCCUUCAUUCGCUCAGACAGCGACACUGGUAUAUCCAGAGUACAUGUGCUACUUCUGGAGAAGGGCUAUAUGAAGGACUAGAUUGGCUUUCAAACAACAUUGCCAGCAAGGCCUAAUGCAAUGAUGUGGUCGUGUGCUUCUCACUUUGCUAUUUCUGGAGGAAAAAACAUCAUUGCGGUUUCAUAAUCUCUUAGUUUGGAGGUUUAAGUCUCUGUUCAGAUCCGUGGUGAUAGAAGUUAAUACAUUUCUUAAAAUGUUUUCUGCCCUUCUUUCGCUCUUUACGGUUUAGUCAUUAAUGAGUAAUGACAUAGCUACUACAUUGCUGGAGGUACAUUGGGAAUGUAAUGAUAUUUUAGUAUAAUAUCCGAUUUUUGUAACUUAGUGCA